AUUCCGAUUCUUCCAUCAGCAUUUUGAGCAGUUAGCUAUGUUAUGUAAUCGUCAAUUAGGUGUUUUUAACAUUUGAAAAGCUAAUUAAUCACGAGAUUAUGUUAGUUAAUCACUGGCUGGUUGUUUUGACGUCGUCGCACUACCACCGCGCCCAAUUGUCGUCGCAAAUUUUGCAAUUUUCUCCGCAAAGCCCGCGCCCACACUGUCGUCAAUUGCAGGCAACUACGUAUCUGAUUAGCAGGUUCAGGGCCUUGCUGUAAAACCCACAAGUUAAAAACCGAAUCUUCAAAAGUCCCUUUAACACUUUUCAGGGGUUAGGUAUCCACAUAAAGGCAUGUAUAUGCAUAUAAUAGUCUUUUGCCGGAUUUGAAUAUAUGUUUAAGCUCUCUCUUUCUUACUCCAUCUCACACACAUUAUUUAUAUGCUGUGUGGUUGGACAUUCUUCUUAGUUGUUUUGGAUACUUGCUUCUUCUUUUCUUUGAUUUUGAAAAUUUGAAGAAUGAAACUCUCCAAAGAAAAAAAUGGUUGUAUCCCAGAAAAGAAAAUGCAGUAGAGAUCCGUUUAUUCAGGCUAAAAUGGAGGAUUAUUUUGGGUGGCAAGAACUUCAAAGGGCAACCAAUUUAUUCAUUGGCCCACUUUGUCUUGUCACCUAAUCAGCUUUAAUUGGUAAAUUGUAAAAACUUGGGGAUACUCGUGAAAGCAAUAAUAGCACUAUAGCAGAUAUCAUAAUGUCUACACUAUUAAGUUGUGGUGCCAUAAUAUCUGCACUGUUGUAGGAUUUGUGGGACAGGGGGCAAUUGUGCAGUAAUAAGGUCUUCUAUAAUCUGAUACCCACCUAGCUGCCAAGAAGAUACAAGUAAAUGAAAUAUGCAGACUCCAAAAGCAAGACAAAGGUCUUUAGAAGUACCUCGAAAAAGAUCACAACCGGCAGUUUCUUCUUCAGAAUCUCAAAAGAUCUCCCCUCGAUCUCUUUCUCAUGGAGUAAAGACCUCUCCUCGUGCUGUACCGCAGCUCAAGACAGCUGUGCCUGAAUGUAAGUCACCAUCUCAAUCAUAUGCAAUUAGCAAGCUGAAGGAUAGAAGCUCAAAAAUCACUGAACAAAGAUCACCCCAGAGUUUUGGAUCAGAGGUUACUAAGUUGGAAUCUCGGAUUUCUGAACCUCAGACAGAUCUAAAGAAAGUCAAAGAUCAAUUAAGUUCUACAGAAGCGGUUAAGAUUCAAGCGGAGCAAGAUAUUGAGUUAUUGAAGAUGCAGUUUGCGGUCAUGUCCUCAAUACUGGAAGGCUCCGAGAAACAGUUAUUGAAGCAAACCGCUGCUUCUGAGGAAACUUAUGCAAGUGAACUUCAGAGCUCCUUUAAGCAGGAGAGUCAGACAUUGCAGUCUGAGCUCGGGGUGACUGACUCAACUGCAUUGCUUUCUUCCUUAUGUGGAAUUAAACAGUCGAAGUCCCAGCUUGGACUGAAUAGCUCGAAAGAAAACCUAAAGGGUAGUUUUUUGCUCGCAGAGGAUAUGGAAACCCAACUAAGGGAUAACGGUGAGUCAGUAGCUCAAGCCCAACCACGUGUUAAUGAAACUCUGCUGCAACUAGAAGCAGCCAAAAAGACUGUUGAGACCCUUAGAUCAGAUGGUCUCAAAGCCAUGAACGUGUAUGGUCCUGUGACUUCAGAACUAGACAAGUCAAGGGCACCUGUCAAUCUGCUGGAAGAGAUUGCUUGCAAACUCCCUGGUACCAUUUUUGAUUGCCGUAGCCCUCAAUCUAUGUGUGAUCAGAAUGAAAUUGGACAAAAUGAAGAAAAUAGGAAAAUGCUUGAAGCAGAGAUUUCUUCUAUGAAAUCAGAAAUUGAACAUUUGAGAGCUGCUCUAGAAGCAGUUGAGAUCAGAUACAAUGAAGAGCAAACUCGAAGCACUUUGGAGAUCAGGGGUGUGUAUGAGUUGAUGGAGCAGAUGAAGUCCAUUUCAGGUAAUAGGGAGACCGUGCUGAAAGAGGAGGUAGACAACUUGAAAGUUGAAAUUGAGGGGCUGAAAGCAAAUCUGAUGGAUAAAGAAACUGAAUUGCAAGGUAUCUGUGAUGAGAAUGAGACUCUAAGACUGGAAAAUAUGCAGUCAGGACAAAGGAAAUAUGCACUAGAACAGGAGCUUCAAAACUCAAAAGUUGAUAUUGAAAAUUUGAAGGCAAAUUUGAUGCACAAGGAAACAGAACUACAGAAAAUCUCAGAAGAAAACAAGAUGCUGAUGUUGGAAGUCAGGGCAAGAGAACCCAGCAAGGGGAAUGUGAACCAUGAAGUUGAUGCUGAACUAGAGAGAGCCAAGGCAGCAGGGCAAGAAGCUCUCAUGAAGCUCGGGUACAUGAAAGAAGAAGUUGAGAAGAGUAACAGGCAGGCAGCGAGAGUGGCCGAGCAGUUGGAUGUAUCACAGGCAAUGAAUGCUGAACUGGAAGCAGAGUUAAGGAGGCUGAAAAUUCACUCUGACCAAUGGAGGAAGGCUGCUGAAGCAGCUGCAGCUAUUCUUUCAGCUGGGAAUGGGAGAUUCAUGGACAGAACUGUAUCAAUGGAUAGCCAGCAUUGGCACAGAUCUGGUAAGCUUAGUCCACCUUUUUCAGAAGGCAUUGAUGAAGAUUUUCUGAAGAGGAAAAAUGCAAAUAUGCUUAAGAGAAUCGGCAUCCUGUGGAAGAAGGCUCCAAAAUAGGAGCACAAGGCUGAAGUUUUGGUAUUAUAUUGCACAUUUGCACGCACUGUUGCUAUCGUGUUCAAGAUGUGUACUUAAGAUACAAUCAUAUGAAUGCUUAUGAUGAAAUAAUCUCUGCUGUGUGUUAAUAAAUGCUCAGGCUUUAUCUUCUUAGUUUAUUUUCUGUUUCUCUGGGAUUAAACAGCUCAUAUUCAUGCUGUUCCAAUGCUCAGAAACUUACUGCCUGUGGUAUUAAGGAUUUGAUAGAAAUAGAUAUUUUCAUCUCA